CAGCCAAUCAGGAGACAGACUGCCUCUAUAAGUGUUGUUGAGCUACUCUGUGUCACAACAGUCCCGUCCCCGUCUCUGGAGUGCUUCCUGUUGUUUGUCUGCAGAAUCAUCAUGAAGAUCGCCUCUUUUAACAUUCAGAAAUUCGGAAAGAAGAAAUUUCAAGACCCAAAAGUUCAGUCAAUCGUUUUUAAGAUAGUCUCACGCUAUGAUAUCGUUCUCAUUCUGGAGGUGGUGGAUGAAAGCGGGAAAACGCCUGAGGCGUUUCUGAAGGAUCUGAAUGAGUUCAGCUCAGAGCGACCCUUCAGCAUGAAGAUCAGUAAACGUCUGGGAAGAACCGUCUAUAAGGAGCAGUUUCUCUUCCUUUAUAGGGAAGACGUGGUGAAUGUCACAGCAAUGUACCAGUAUGAAGACAACCAGGCUGGAGAUGUGGACGCUUUUGAAAGAGAACCCUACAUCAUGCGAUUUGCCUCUACUAACACAGUGGUAAAAGAUUGGGUAAUGAUCCCAGUCCACACCAAGCCUGAAGACUCAGAGAAGGAGCUGGAUGAGCUGUAUGACGUGGUCAAAGCUGUGAGGAAGAAAUGGACGACUGAUAACAUUAUGAUCUUGGGAGACUUCAACGCAGACAGAAGUUACAUGUCCAAAAAGAAAAUGAAGAGCCUUCGCAUCUUCUCUGAUAAAAACUACCACUGGCUGAUUGAUGAAGACGAGGACACCACAACACGCCUGAAGAACGACAACACCUACGACAGGAUUGUAGUUUAUGGAAAGAAUAUGCUGGACGGAGUCGUGCCGAACACUGCCAAAGCAUUCAACUUCCAGAAGGAGUACAGCCUGACUGAGGAGGAGGCACUUAAAGUGAGCGAUCACUACCCCGUGGAGGUGGAACUGAAAGAACGCAAGAGCUCGGGUCAAAGCUCAGGAAAACGUGGAAAAUAAAGAGGAAAAGAAACACUGGGAGUGGUGCUGGGACGACGUGAAAAAUAUAUAUAUAUAAAUAAAAAGAGCCAGUUUGUAAAGACAGGAAUAGCGUGGACGAAGUGAUCUUUCAGUUUUUAUCUUUUAGUUUUAAGUGUAAUUGUAUGUAUUUUAACUGUACUGUAGUUUGUAUCUGCGGUGAACUGUGGUUUACCAUCUCGCACAUUUUGUCUACAAAAUGUAAACACAGUAGUUAAGCUACAAAAACUUUAUUAUUUCAGGCUAUUUCAGUUUACAAAGGAAGGGUAAAGGAAUUAAAAAUGCUAGCUCAUGUACACGUGUGUCUGUGGACCCAGAUGAGGACAGAACGACGGUCUGGUCUGAAGAUAAUCCUCCAACUCACUUCUUCCCGGACUUUUUGAUCCCACCACCAGCUGUGAACAGAACGAGGACGUGUUAAAUAAAGAAAUGAAGGUGCUAUCACUUUUAAACUUGAAUAAAACUCCAUGUUUCCAUCUAAA